AUGACGAGGCUUGCAUUGCUUACUGGUCUGCUUUGCCUGCUCAGCAUCUUUCCAGCUUCAAAUUCUGAAAGCCAAGAGCAGGGAAAGCUGCAAACCUACGUCGUUCGUGUCAAAAAGCCCGAUGGUAUCGCUUCUCCUCAAUCCGAAGAGCUGCAUAACUGGUACCAAUCGUUUCUGCCAACUACCACAGAAGCCUCGUUCAAGGAUCGCAUGGUUUUCUCCUAUCGAAAUGCUGUGUCGGGAUUUGCUGUGAGAUUGACAGAGGAAGAAGCCAAGGCUCUGCAAGAGAAGGACGAAAUUGUGUCGGCUCGUCCCGAAAGGACACUUUCUCUACACACUACCCACACCCCAAGCUUCCUGGGUUUGAGAAAGGGAUCGGGGCUGUGGAAAGAGUCCAACUUUGGUGAAGGCGUCAUAAUUGGGGUUAUAGACACCGGAAUAUACCCACUCCAUCCUUCCUUCUCCGACAAAGGCAUGCCGCCAGCCCCUUCAAAGUGGAAGGGCUACUGUGAAUUCAACGGACAGAGGACUUGUAACAACAAGCUUAUCGGGGCGAGGAAUUUAGUGAAAAAUGCAAAGCAAGAACCUCCCUUUGAAAACUUGUUUCAUGGAACCCACACAGCCGGCGAAGCCGCCGGAAACUUUGUGGAGGACGCCAACGUUUUUGGAAAUGCUCAAGGCACAGCAGCUGGCAUGGCACCUAAAGCUCACGUGGCAAUGUACAAAGUUUGCGACGACACAAGGUGUCCCGAGAGUGCAAUGUUAGCUGCAAUGGAUGUUGCCAUUGAAGAUGGCGUGGACGUGCUUUCUCUGUCACUUGGCUUGGGCUCCCUUCCUUUCUUCGAUGAUCCGAUUGCAAUAGGUGCAUUUACCGCUGUUCAAAAGGGCAUUUUUGUUAGUUGCUCGGCCGCUAACUCUGGCCCCAACUAUGCUACUCUGUCCAAUGAGGCUCCGUGGAUUCUCACAGUAGGCGCAAGCACCAUUGAUAGAACAAUCAAAGCAAUGGCAAGGCUUGGGAACGGAGCAGAAUAUGACGGCCAAACUUUAUUCCAACCGAAAAACUUUUCUUCUAAGUUAUUGCCUCUUGUGUAUUCAGGUUCCAGUGGAAACCAGUCCUCUGUCUGGUGCUCCCCAGGUUCCUUGAAGAACAUGGAUGUUAAGGGAAAGAUUGUUUUAUGUGAGCUUGGUGGCGAUAUUUCCACAAUUAUAAAAGGACAAACAGUGAAGGAUGCCGGUGGGGCUGCCAUGAUCCUUAUAAACAAACAGCCCGUUGGUUUCAACACCUUCUCUGACGCUCAUGUUCUCCCUGCAGUUCAUGUGAGUUACGCUGCUGGAUUAGUGAUCAAGGAAUACAUUAAUUCGACCAGCACACCAACAGCAACAAUCUUAUUUAAAGGAACUAUAAUUGGGGAUUCACUCACUCCAGCCGUAGCUUCCUUUUCAUCCAGAGGUCCAAGCCUGGCAAGCAUCGGCAUUCUUAAACCUGACAUAAUUGGUCCCGGUGUGAACAUUCUCGCAGCAUGGGGUGUGUCUGUAGACAAAAAAAUACCCGCGUACAACGUUGUUUCUGGUACCUCAAUGUCUUGCCCUCAUCUCAGCGGCAUUGCUGCUCUGCUCAGAAGCGCUCACCCUGAAUGGUCUCCGGCAGCCAUAAAGUCGGCAAUCAUGACCACUGCUAAUACCUUAAAUCUAGCAGGCCAGCCGAUUCUGGAUGAAAGGCUUCUUCCUGCUGACAUCUUCGCCACUGGGGCUGGACAUGUUAAUCCAAAUAAAGCAAGUGAUCCGGGGCUUGUUUAUGACACCCAUCCUGAUGAUUACGUUCCUUACUUGUGUGGUUUAGGUUACACAGAUGGGCAAAUUACCAUGAUUGUGCAGAAGAAAGUGAGAUGCUCGGAGAUCAGAAGCAUACCAGAAGCACAACUCAACUAUCCCUCAUUUUCUAUUCUUAUGGGAUCUACUUCACAGUACUACACCAGGACAGUGACUAAUGUUGGACCCGCCAAUUCAACUUACUCACUGAAGCUUGAGGUGCCCCUGGCGUUAGGUAUGAGCGUAAACCCAACUCAGAUAACCUUCUCAGAGGUAUACCAGAAGGCUACUUUCUCGGUUGAGUUCAUCCCACAAAUCAAAGAAAACAGGGGCAAUCAUUCCAUUGCCCAGGGUUCCCUCUCGUGGGUUUCUAAACAACACACUGUUAGAAUCCCCGUAUCUGUCAUUUUCCAGUGA